AUGCAAAUGAGUCACGCAUUCUCAACCACAACUUAUCGUCGUCCUCAAACAUAUCUUCGUCACCAUGAUACAUUUUUGGACAUUUCAAAAUCUGGACAUUUUUUAAAUAGGAUAAAUUCAUUUGAGAACGGUCAUACUCGAGAUUAUCUUUCAGCUUCGCAUGUAAAUCGCCGAUCUAUUUCAGGCGAUGUUGAUAUUCCGUCAUCUGCAUACAUUGGCAAUACUUCUUACCGCUAUCCUCUUUUUGAAACUUCGCCUACAAAAUCCUACAAAGCUCGGCAAAUUCGUCAUUUGUCAGCACAUCCUAAUUCUAAUAAUCGUGUUUCUCCCUCUUCACCAUCCUACAUUUCUUCAAGCCUCUUUCAUCAGUCAUCAAACCUUAACAAAAAUGUAAAAUAUUAUCCAAGUCUAGUCACUUCAAUUAUCACUGCGGGUAGCACUUCUGCGCGUUUUAUCUCUCCAAGAUUUAGUGACAAUUAUGCUCGUCGCUAUAUUCCCCCAUCAGAACACGAUUCUACUCAUAUCCAUACUAAGCCUGAAUCGUAUAGACAUGCAGCCAUUCCUUCUAAAGGGCGACAUAAAGCUCGCAUUUAUCGGUCAAACUGGAGUCCUUAUGAAUCUACGAAUGGAUUUAUUGAGCAUCAUUAUUCAUCAUAUGAUCCUCCUUCCACAGAUUUAUACCCAAAAUAUCCAACUACGAAGGAUAUCUCAUCAAAUGCAUCUUCUUUUAACUACAAUAAACAAACUAAUUGGCGAGAUACUUCCCGAUAUAGUUGCUACAAGAGCCAAGAGUUUCCAUCUUUAGCGGCCGGUAGC